UUCAACUUUUACUGUGGUAGCGACAAGCUCAGCACCAGUAUCACCCUCCUUUGGAGAUUCCCAGCCUCUAAACAAUUGCAACGAAGAGGACCGCCCGCCAACCAAAGCCAACAAUGGGGUUCUGCAGGAGAUGUGGUGAUAUCGUUGUAGGUCCACGCUGUAAAUGUGGUGGUACUCCUACUGCUCCAUCAGUCUCUUUUGGCUCAAAUACGCCCGAAAAACAUCAAGAUAGAUGGUCUUCCACCUAUGUUUCACGGGAUAAGGAUAAGUCUCCCACUCGCACUCGACCUGAACCUGCAUCUUGCUCGACCUCUGCCACUAAACGGUUUUCCCGUCCCAAUUUUCCUACAACUCCACCGACCUCUCAUCCACUUGGUGGUAGAGUCUCUGCUCAUAUCGCUUCGUCCACCUCCCACUUCAACCGCCCGCCCUCUCCCCUAAAAUAUUCAACGGUUGCAUGCCCCGAAUCCGAUAUUCUUCCCUCACUCACAUCAAAUCCAACAGGGCAUUUAGCCAAGGUUUACGGGUCUGUUCUCCAAUCCAAGGAAUCACUCGAUAAACAUGCCUGUUCCAUAUGCCAUGCCGCUUUCCCUCCCGAUGUCACUAUCUACCCAGAGCCACUACCUGAUCCCUCUUGUCCUCCCCGAUUCCUGUGUCGCUCCUGCUUUACGAGUAAUGGAGGCUCAAAAGGAGUUUGCCCGGGAUGUAGCCGUCCCGUUCUAGCCUUAAAAGCGGAAGGUCCCUUCAUCGAGGCCGCUAGUAACUAUUGGCACAAGAAGUGCUUCAAGUGCGAUGGUUGCCAGAUCAAUAUUGGCGAUGUACCUAUGCUGGAUCUGCUUGGGCGACCUUCUUGUGCAGAUUGUUUUGAAAACUGUCUUAAGCGAGACAGGACUCCAAAGAAGAAUUGUUCUAGCGCCAAUUCUGGUACUGGCACCCCUGACAGGAAAUUAGGUGGGCUUGACCACUCAAGAGAUAACAAGAUCAGGGAGUCAAGUCCAGCUCUCGAAGAACUCGAACAACGUUUGGGGAUACAGAAGAGUAGUCCUUCGUUAGAGGAACUUUCCCACAGACUGAGUAUGGUUGGACGAAAUAGUCGCUCUGGCUCCCCUCGAGCAGGCUCUCGGUACUCGGUGGAUUCAGAAUCUCCUGUGAGGGGAUCUCCCUCUUUCCGAUCCAGCAUCGCUCCCGACACAACUUCUCCGCUCUUUGAACGCACGAAGCGGUAUUCACGGUCUGAAUCAAUUGGUAAGGUUAGAAGUGACCAAUCUGGUUCAAGCAGUCCUAUACGACCCAAAUCGGGUUCUAGUAGUCCUGCACCUACGCACGAACAGAUCGAAGAAAUGAAGAGAAGGUUCGUGACCCCGAACCCAUCUCUCUGUGACCUUCCGGAGUUGGCCCCGAAACCGUCUCCAUCUCAUCCUAAACGCCGAAGUAUUCGACAUACUCGCUCUUCUGGAUCCCUUUCCGAUUUUCCCAUCGAUUUCUUUGCCCCAGGAAGCCCCGAUAGUCCUGCUACCCCGGACCUGCUAUCUGAUGUAUCUGAUUCGACAACACAAAUAUCACCGUCUGGCCCUGUUUCCCCACUACAAACCCACCAAGACAAUUCUCCAGUCACACCACUUCAUCCCAGUGAAUUGGUAUUACGACGUACUCGAACAGACUCGAUGAAUUAUGCGAACGACGAUAUCAUUGUAGAGGAGACAAACAGCCAGCUCAACACACCAACCCAAACACCCAAUUCCAAGAGUUAUGUUGACUCUGCUAGAAGCAGCGCUGCACAUGCCAAAUCGCCUCCAACGACAGCAUCUGCAGUAUCACCACUACGUGGUUCGCUGACUAAACGAAGCCAGUCAAUACCAAUAUCGCCACCCCCACAAAUUACUUCGUCGAGCACUUGCGCGAAGUGCCGCGGCGUUGUGCUCUCAGUCCGUCAUGGAGGUCAAUACGUCACCGUACCUACCGAAGACGGAGACGCGGUUCAGAGUUAUCAUACGAAGUGCUUUACUUGCGCAGCUUGUCACAAGCCCUUCCGAGAAGGGUCACGCGGACAAAGCUUGUUCGUUAAAGGGCCUAAAGGGCCAUGCCAUGUCGAGUGUUGUCCACCUACACCCCCGCGUAAAGCAUCCGUUUCAGGUUCAAUUCCGCCCAUUCCUCCCAUCUCUCCACCGUCUAACGUCCUCAAGCCAUCGACUUCAACGUCCUCGAAUUCAUCAUCCUCCGGGACAAUUCGAUACUCGAGUCGAUAUAGCAGACCGCCGACAACGACGCUUGUUACUACAUCCUCUACCUCAUCUUCCACGCGGUUUGGCAGUUUAUCCUCUUGCCCCGGCUGCCGCAGGUCAGUUUCUCCGAUGGAAAGAGGUGUUGUCCCAGGCCCGCAAGGAACACGAUGGCACGCCUCCUGCCUCGUUUGCGGUGGAAAGAAGACGACUAACGGAUUUGUGGCUAGGCAGGAAAGGAGAAAAGACGGACCAGGAUGUGGCAAGAAACUUGAUAGUGCUGCCAAAGGAGAUGCAGAAGGUGGUAUUUGGUGUCGCGAAUGCUGGCUUAUGCUUCCCGGAUAUUUUCGUGCCUCGCCCUGUGGCUCACCCAUGCGUGGACCAUUAGUUCCAACUCACACAGGCUCAGGGAAAGUGACUCCGCAGUUAACAGGCACGACGACGAUUGCGAGACAGUUUACAGGAUUGGGAAGUGGUAGUGGUGAAGUUCAGUUACUAAGACAACUGACUGGCGGGGGAAGAAGUCCUACUCGAAGUCUAAGUCCUACUAAACAACUCGGAUCCGGAACACGGCCUCGUCCGAAAAGUGUGAUUGGGAUGCGAAGCUCCAAGAGUGUGGAUGAAGGCCGAGGGAUGUUUCUAGUGAGACAGUUGACUGGAUCUGGUCCCUAGCUGAGACGAUGAAAGGACUUUUACGAAUCAUGGACAUGAUUAACAGUUACAUAUCGGACCAAGUGUUGCUUUGAUCUUGUAUAUUAUGUAUGUAGAACCAAUAAAUUUCAGGAACCUGGGACGUGAUCUGUGAUCCCGUUCCAAGAUGUUGGUUUGAUG